GCGCGGAUCGGAGGAGCAGCGGGCAGCGGCGCGAUGAAGGGUCCCCCCUCGCCGUCCCCGUCGCCGUCGGAGGUGCUCCGCGAGGGCGAGCUGGAGAAGCGGAGCGAGAGCCUCUUCCAGCUGUGGAAGAAGAAGCAGGUGGUGCUGAGCCGGGAGUGCCUGCGCCUCUCCUCGCCCGAGGGGGGCCGGGCCAAGGAGCUGCGCUUCGGCGCCAUCCAGAAGGUGGACUGCGUGGAGCGCACCGGCAAGUACGUCUACUUCACCAUCGUCACGACGGACCGCCGGGAGAUCGACUUUCGGUGCCCGGGCGAGAGCUGCUGGAACGCCUCCAUCACCCUGGCCCUCAUCGACUUCCAGAACCAGCGCGCCGUCCGGGACUUCAAGAGCCGCCAGGAGGCCGCCCAGCAGGCCGACGCCGGCACCCGCCACAGGCGCCUGGCCAGGGCCCCCUGAGACCCCCCGACGCCCGCCCGCCCGCCACGCCGGGCAGAGCCAAAGACCAGAUCUCUGGAUGUUAAAGGAAGUUGAGUGCCUUGGACUGGAUUGGAACAGGACACCCAGGAAGGAAGACAAAGAAGGAUGCUCGAAAUGGUUAGAAUUCUUCAGCUCGGAAAAAGACUGCUGAGCUGAGCGGCAGCAUUUCCCUUGAAAAGGCAGAUGCGAACCAAAGACUCUCUUUUUUAAAAAUGACGGAGUCUGGCAAACAGAAAGAAGGCCCAGAGCGCAAAAUUGUUACUUCAUAUUUUUUUAUUUAUAAGGGGCAAAGACUAUAUUCCAUAACGUCUCAUGGAGGAAAA